AUGGUUAAAAAAAUUCUCAUUGCCGGUGCAUCCGGUCUCAUUGCUAUUAUACUAAUUAAACAUCUAUUUAAAAAAAAUCUUAACUAUGAUAUUUAUGGAAUUGAUAAACAUAUUGGAUUGUCGUCACGUUAUCAGCUUGAAAAUACACCAAUAACAGAAGGUCAACAGCCAAUAUUACCAUCAAAAGAAAAAUUCUAUGUAUGUGAUAUCACUGAUGAAAAAUCAAAUUUCACGUAUUAUCCAAAAAAAUCAAAUUAA